AUGUGGAAUAUUCAAUUAGCUGUAUGUAUUAGUGCAACAUUUUUGGAUGGUGUUAUUGGGAUUGGCGGAAGUUUUAUACAAUCCAACAGUGAUAAGACUAAGAAUCGGUGUAAAGGAUUAGAAUAUCUAGGGAUCGGAUAUGAUGCAAUUGUUCCAAAACUAAUAGCAGAAGAUGAAAUCAACACAGAUCUUGGUUAUAGGUACCCUAUACUGAGACAGCACUAUGGGUCUGACUACAGUUACGCCAGCACCGGAUGUGUAUAUCCGGUGGAUGCAUAUUAUAGGCCAUUUUUAUCAUGUCAAAGGCAGGAAAGUUUUUCCCAAAUUGGAUCGGUUGCGGCAUAUGAAAAUGCAUUUGGAAUACAGGCAAAGACAGACUUUAAAGUAAAAUCGGUAGAGUUUGCCGCAAGUGCUCAAUUUGAAAAAUCCUCAAAAAAUUUAGAAGAGAACAAAUACCGUGAAAUUAUCCACAUUAUCAACUGUUUUCAGGCCGAAAUGGGACUUCCGACAAAUUUGCAGUGGGGAAUAAAACCUGAAUUUAAUAAAGCAGUUUUAAAGCUAACAGAAGCUUUUGGAAUCAGUGCAACAGCUUCUAAUGAUGGUUCAAUAUGUACACCUAAAAGCUAUAAAAAUCCGGGCAGGCAUUGCAGGGAAGUUAGGCGUUGGAUUAGGCUAAUAAAAUCAUAUGGUACACAUUACGUCCAUAAAAUACGCAUAGGCGGUAAACUAGUCCAGUCUGUUAGAAUCAGUCAGAUUAGUAUUGCAAAUAUGGAGGAACAAGGAAUUGACGUUGAAGGUGAGAUUCGGGCCGAAAUGCUAAGUAUCACAGGAUCGGGCGGCGGCAAGUCUAACAAACUCACCGAUGAAAUCGAUAAGAAUGCAAUACGGAAAAUCAGAGUUAUUGGAGGGAUAAUGCCAAAAUUACCAUUAACCCCCCAAGCAUUUAAAAAAUGGGCUAGAACAUUGGAUUCCAACCCAAUGCCCAUAUAUGUGGAAGUGGAUCCACUGUACAAAAUAAUAGAACAAUCAUUGAAUAAUGAUAACCCCAUUCCAUUUAACAUAAAGAGGCAGUACGAUAUGGCACUUGAUUUUUACGCAGAACUUAAAGGGGCGACAUAUAAGCAAAUUAUGGAAAUGAAUGGUAAUAUACCUUCAAUAUCACAUCUGAUUAGAAAUAGUACUAUGGUUACAAAUAAUAGCCUCAAAAGGUCAACGCUACGCUGCAAAAAUGAUACAAAUAUAGUCGCGGGAGUUACCAUAUUUUUUGAUGAUGCGGGAAAAGGCAUACACUUAUUUCCCUGCAAAUCGGGAAUGAAUGAAUGCAACGUGCCAGAAAUUAGCGAAGACGUUGCCUACACCUGGGCCUGGGCCCUUUGCUCCCAUCGCCUCCUCCCAAGCAUCGAGCAAGUGGUCAGGGGAGACUUUAAAAAGGGUGAAAUAAAGUGCCCAGAGGGCUAUAAAAUGGGCUUUGGACUUGCUUUUAAGGAGAACAUGGCCUAUUAUAUAAACGGCUAUAUAAGCGCUAUCUCUGCCGACGACAACAACUCCGCGGUUAGUCUCCUGGACGGAAACGCCGGGUGGAUCACCUGUUUCGAUAAAGACAUGGUCCAAGAUAUGUACACGGUGGUCAACAUCGACCACUCCAACAAAAGGGUCGUGGCUGAGUGCCCAAGUGACUCUAUCAUAAUUGGCGGCGUAAAAAUUUCCAAGGCACCCCCUGGCGGGGGAGAGGAGGGAGACCAUUUGGCUAGAGCGGAGGAAUGCGACAAAUUCGUGACCAGCUGUACCGCCGGCCCCCCGGCGGGCUUUGUCUGGCUUAUUUGCGGCGAUAAAGCCGACGAGUGA